AUGAGUUGUCUUCUGAUUCCCUUCAUGAUGGUUCCCGCAUUAGCCGGAGUCCCAUUGGGUUUACUCGAAGAUUGGGAUAUUCCAUUGUCUUUUCAAAUGUAUCUAGCAGUCACGGGACCAGCUGGAACUUAUCGGAACAUGAUAGUUACUUUUGCGUUAUUGGGUAUGUGGUUUGCAACUUCUGAUAUUCUUGUGAGACCUUUAAUGCAUUCUUACAAUGGUUGCUUAGCUUAUUUUACAUUAGGGAGUACAUUUCGACAUUCGAAAGUAGCUGCUGAAAAAGCGUUAUUACUGUACUCCACAAUGUAUGGAGUAAUUAUUGGUUUUCUUGCUGUUCAAUUCAAAUAUAGAGCUUGUGUCCUAGCCAAACAAAAGUGGAUAAAAUACUUCGACGGUUGGAACCUAGCUAUCUGGACAAUCUACACAUUUUUCACUGGAUUUAUAUGGGCAUCUGGUGUACAAUUAUCGUAUCCUGAAGAAUAUACUUACCAGUAUUUGAAAAAUGAAAUGAUGUUUCAUUAUGGUGUGAAUGUUCGAAACGUUGCACUCUAUGCAGAACUGGCUUAUAGUGAAGACAACAAACUUCGAUGGAAAAGUGUUUGCACGUUGGUCAUGUUUAUCACUUUACUCACAAUACAAUAUUCAAUUUGUGUAGUUUGUGGAGUGAUAAUGUAUCGACGAAUUCAGGGAAAUAUGUCUACCUUCUCUAGUCAGCACGAGAAACUCCAGAAGCAAUUUUUUGUGGCGUUGUUGUACCAGGUAGCUGCUCCCUUCAUCUGUUUCCAUCUCCCCUCAUUUUUCAUCUUCGUUUUUCCGUAUCUGGAUAUGAAAAUGAGUUUUCACUCUACCCUAGUCAUCUAUGGAUUCAAUAUCUAUCCUCUCGUAGACUCACUUAUUCUUUUGAGUGUAGUUUCAGAGUACAAAGUGGCCAUGAAAAAGUUCAUGAAGUUUUUGGUCCAUGAAUGGAAUGAAACAAUCAGACGAGAUGGAAUUCCAGAACCUUCUUUGUCUGUGGUUAUGACGAGAAUGUGA